CCGUUGCAAUUUAUGAAUGAACUAUUAAUUAGUUACUUCAAAAUCACAUAUAUACGUAAUUCGAAUACCUAACGUGUGCUUGUAAUAAGGGCCCAGUAACAUGGCCACCACGACCACCACCGCCACCACCGCCACCUCCGCCCCCUCCUCUGCCGCCGAACCUUCACCUUCUUCUGCGGAAACCCCUCCGGCCCCAAUUCCUCCGAAGCAACCACCGCCUCCCCCGCAGCCUGCGUUGGCAGCGGUGAAGCCGGAGGCGCCAUUGUCCGACCCGAAAUCUUCCGCGGACGCGAACGUAAUCUUGGUCCCGAGCUACUCUCGAUGGUUCUCGUGGGACUCGAUACACGAAAGCGAGGUGCGUCACCUCCCCGAGUUCUUCGAAUCGGCGUCCAAAAGCCCUAGGGUUUACAAGUACUACAGGAAUUCGAUCGUGAAGUUCUUCAGGUACAAUCCCACCCGAAAAAUCACCUUCACGGAUGUCCGCAAAACGCUCGUCGGAGACGUCGGUUCGAUCCGCAGAGUCUUCGAUUUUCUUGAAGCUUGGGGCCUUAUCAAUUACCACCCCUCUUCGUCGCUGACCAAACCCUUGAAGUGGGACGACAAAGAGACCAAACCCGAUUCUGCGUCCAACCCCACCGAAUCUUCUUCCGCUCCCGCCAAAGAAAACACGAAGAGACUCUGCAGUGGCUGCAAAGCCGUUUGUACCAUUGCUUGUUUUACUUGUGACAAGUAUGAUUUGACUCUUUGUGCGAGGUGUUAUGUUCGUGGCAAUUAUCGAGUUGGUGUGAGCUCUGCGGAUUUUAGGCGAGUGGAGAUAAGCGAGGAGACAAAGACAGAUUGGAGCGAAAAGGAGACAACAAAUCUUCUGGAAGCUAUUACGCAUUAUGGUGAUGAUUGGAAGAGGGUAUCUCAGCAUGUUGCUGGCAGAACUGAGAAGGAGUGUGUUGCUCAUUUUUUGAAGCUUCCUUUUUCUGAUCGAUUCCAGAGUUAUCAACAACAACCUGCUGUCAAUGGCACUGAUGACAGUUCUAAUCAAUUAAAGAGGGUAACUAAUGCUGAUGCUGAAUCUGAAUUGGAUAAUGUUGCCUCAGCUGAAUCUAGUAAGAGAAUGCGUCUCACGCCCAUUGCGGAUGCAAGCAAUCCUAUUAUGGCUCAGGCUGCUUUCUUGUCUGCUUUGGCAGGGUCAGAGGUUGCACAGGCUGCUGCUCAAGCUGCAUUGACAACUCUGUCUGAGGUUUACAAAGCAACUAGAAUAAAUUAUCGGUCAUUUCCAAGGAAUACAUUGCUGCAAGAUGCCAGUGUCCCAUUUAAUGGUAGCAAUACUUCAGAUUCAUUCCAAGGGUCUCGAUUGCAUGCACAUAUACAGCUUGAGAAGGAAGAGUUAGAUGUGGAAAAAGGAAUUUCUGAGAUUAUAGAAGUUCAGAUGAAAAGUAUCCAAGACAAGCUUGUCCAUUUUGAAGAUUUAGACCUGCUGAUGGAAAAAGAAAGGCAGCAGCUGGAGCAAAUGAAAAAUAUGUUUUUCCUUGAUCAGCUUACUCUUUUAUUUAAUAAACCAUCUGCUCCAAAAGCUGGAGAAUGCCAAGAAGGAAAUAGUGUAAAGACGAACCAUGUUUGAGAAGUCUCAAUUAGGCUAUUGAUCUUAGGCUUAGCGAAUGUAUUCAAUCAACUCUUACAACUCUUUCUUCAUGUAGAGGGCUUAAAAUUUUCAACCAAUUGUACAUGUAUAUGGUAAUGUUUUGCUUGAAUAUGUA